GGAGGGAGAGAGAGAGGGGGGAGGACGGAUGCAGAAUGGCGACCGUGCAGUGCCCGAGAUGCACGGUAGAAAGGAAAGGGUUUCGGCGGGAACUUGAUUCAUGGCGACACAAACUGAUACACUGCGUCGGGUUCGAGAGCAUCCUGGAUGGAAUCUAUGGCCCGAUGCUGAUGAGAGACCUCAAUGUAUUUGAUGAUUGUGAACCUGAAGAGGUGGACGACUGGUCCCCUGAAACCAGCUGCUCUCAGUGUUCAUUCUGCAAACUUCCCCUGGAUAAACCCUCUGAUCAAGUCCCUGCAGCCACUCCUCCCCUCUCCUCCCCCUCCGAUCACUCCCCCUGUCAGGCUCCAAGCAUCUCUGAGAGCCACCAAUCAGCUCACAGGUUUCUCCAGGCUGUGUUCAACAAGAAAGAUGUGCCCCUGGGCUGUGUCUCCAACAUCCCUCUGGUCGCCCAGGAGCUGAUGAUAAAGAUGGUUCAUCAGUUUGCCAUGGAUUAUGCAUCCAAGUGUCUGAUCCGCACCAGUACAAAUGGUGUUAGAUCAAGGACCUCCUCCCCUUCGUCAGAAACAUCAGACGCCCCUCUGGACCUUACAGUUUGCCGAACCCAGGAGGAGAAAGAGUGUGAACCUGAACUAGAUGGCGUGCUCGACCUCUCCAGGAACUCUGCCUGCUCAGCAACUUCUUCAUCAUCAUCCCCAUCCUCAUCAUCAUCAUCGUCUAAUGACAAAGCCUCUGGCUCCCUGCUGCCAUCAUUUAAAGAAGUGGGAGAUCGGGGACAGAACGGGAAUAAGUGUCGUCAGAGCUCUGCAGUGGAAGCUGUUCUCAGCACACUUUGUCCAGCACACCGUUCCUUACUCUACCAGAUCCUUAAGCUGGCACACCAGGACAAAUUGCAGUCUUCACUUGAUCGGACGCCUGCAGGUCAAACCGAAUCCUACUCCUGUCACUGUGGUGUCAACACACCUGAUAAUGUAUCCCCUCAUGCAGUCACACUUUGUGAAUGUAAAGCACCUAACGGCAGCCUGCACUACCCUUUAAUGGAUUGUGAGCCUCAAGAUCACAGCAGCACAUUGAGCCAUUCAGGAGACCCCCAGUCCAAUUGUAGCAUCAAUCUCGACCCUUUAAAAGACUGUAAAAAUGACGGUUCUCUGGGUUCAGGCGACUGCUGUGUGCAGAGGUGCAGGAUGGAAACCUACACUGUUCUGUGCCCCAAGAGACUGCACUGCAUUUCCUGCCAGAGCCUGACUGCAGGUCAUAUCAGCAACAUGUUGUCUUCAUUUAUACCCUCGCCUACAUUAUCCAAAUCUCCUUCACUGUGCACUCCUUCCUCUACUUUAUGCCCUUCCUCAUCGAUCUGCUGUAACCAACACACUCCUUUACCAUGUCACUGUUAUUCAAACCCGACCUGUCCAAUACAGUUAAGCAGCACAAUAGAAAAAGGGGUAAUCGACGGGGAUCCCCCUUGUCCGGUCCUAAAGAGAGAGCGGAGCCCCUCUCCUCCCCCUCUUUCCCCUAUCCCCUCAGACAUCAGUAAGAAAAUCGAUGAAAAGCCACCCUCCCUCCUUCACCAUAGACAAGAGGACGAAACUGACAUAACAGUUAAAAAUGAUUUUGUGAAUGGAAGCCACCUCAAAGCAGAUGUGAGUACAGAUACAGAGGAGGAGCUACAGAGUAGGACCCCAAGAAGUAGUCAGGCUGAGCAGAACCCAAGUGGGACUUUACUGCAGGAUGUUGUGAAUCGCUUCAGUGAGAAACUGGAGACAAUCGAACCUCUAGAGAAAGACCCACCUCCAGUUUCUUUAGCCGUUAAUGUUUCUGAGAAGGAGCAGCUGCAGUCUCCAUCGACAAGUCAAAACCUGCAGUUUCAUGCUGAUGCCCAUCUGACGGAAAUUAUCACCAAAGUGCUUCACAGAGGCAACGGUUGUGACUACAAUCUCACUGAGCUGUUCAAUCGACAUGACAGCAAAGAGCCCAAGUCCCCUAACACCCGUGCCAGACGUCGCCAGGAAGUCCUUACUGCUAUAGCAACACCUGCUGAUGACACCACAGCCAGAAGGCAUACAUUGCAAAUUAAACGUGAGUUUGCCAGGCUUGACCAGUCCUGCAAUAGGAGAAAAGGUUCACCAGCCAAAAAGCCAAAACUGAAUGAUGGAAAGGUUGGUGUAACUAGAUCGUACACUUCUUCUGACUUAAAGCUUGUUAAAGGGGAGACUAAAAGAGAAACGGAAGGAAGUGAGGAACCUGUAGAAAAUCCUAAAGUUGGAGAGCCACCACUGAACAUGCUGUCUACAGAUAAUGACAUGAAGGAAGUAAAAAAGGAAAUACAGACAGCUGUAGUCACAGAAGACCUUAACGUCCUUAAACAAGAGAAGAAAGAAUGGGAAUUAUUAUGUGAGACAAAUCCUCUUACUCCCCCAGGCACUCAGAUACCCACCCCUGAGCUGCAGAUUAAGGUUGGCAAACAAGGUUUUAAGGAUGAUCAUGAACAAAAGCUAGCAGAGAUAACGACUGGGACUGAAACCUCAGCAAAAGCGUGUGUCGGGGCUUGUGAGGAAGGUGGUGAGGUUAGCAGUUCUGGAGCUGAUGAAAACCAAGAAGCUCCAUCGGGACAAAGCUCUGACGGUGACAAUAGACCAGGUAUGGGUAAAGAUGUCAAUAGCUGUAUUAGAGAGAGGAAAAAACCAAACCACUCCAAGGAGGUUAGAAGAACUAGAAGAAACAUCGUCCCUCCACAGCGCUUUUCCUCCUACGUCACUGAGCCCAGGAAGAUGUUCUUUGUUGCAUGUUUCUCUGAAAGCAUCUUGAAUCAGAAACUACAGAAGGACAAUGAUUUGACAACUCAAGCUUUGGAGGCCUUCUCCACAGAACCAGUAGCUAAUGAGACCCAGCUUGAAUUAGGCAAUGACACCCCUCUGUCCUCAUCUGAACACACAGGGAAGCUUACCUUUGAAUCAACACAUAAAGAGCAAUGUGGGCCCUCUUACACAGAGUCAGAAACUAUGGCUGCCAAAGAGAAGAGUCCAACAAAAUGCAGUUUGGAUAUCAGGACAGAUGACGACUGUGCUGCCAAGCAUACAAGACUACGAUCAUCUCCAAAAAGACAACAGGCUUUAAAUACUGUUUCUGGAAUGCCCCAAAAGUCAUUAAAUGUCACCAUAAACUCCGCCCCCUGUGGUGAUAACCCUCCCAACUCCAGUGUUGAGUACACUAGUCCAAUUAAGCUCAUGUUUGUAUCAGCUGUACAGGGUAUGGAAGGAGUAAGAUAUAGUCUCAAAUCAGCAAGCACUGGUGCCAGUUCACAAGCAGACAAAUCAUUUGACCCAUGUGUAGUGUCUUCAUGGUCAGGGACACCUGAUAAACAAAAAAGGAGGAGCCCUGAAUCUCCCUCAUUAAAGGUCAAAUCUAGUUCCUCACCAGAUACAUCUUCUUGUUCACCAACCAAGUCAACUUCUUCACCAGUCAAGUCUGCCUCCUCAACUCCAAAAUCUGCUUCUCCGCAAAGCAAGUCUAUGUCACCAUCCAAGUCUGCAUCUUCACCCAAUCCAGUACCCUCAUCACCUAAAAUAGAUUCCAGAAGAUCCAGUGAAGGUACUCCAACUAAGCGUGUAGCUGGAACUGAGAGCCAUAGAUCACCACCCAAGUCGGCAUCUUCUUCAAGCAAGUCAGCUUCUUCACCCAAGUCAGCUUCCUCAUCGCCUAGGAUAGGUUCCAGAAGGUCAGGUGACAGUACUCCAACUAAGCGUGUUGCUGGAACUGAGAGCCAGAGAUCACCAUGUGACUCUUUGUCUUUUCAUGAAUCCACUCCUCAAAAAAGGCGUCCGGGCCGGCCAAAGAAGCUGGGACCCCAGCUGGAGCAGAAAGUGAAGAGACCAAUUGGUCGACCACGCAAGCAGAAGGCCGUGGAUUCAGCAAUCGGGACAGAAACAGAAGGCGGAAAAGUUGUAAUAGCUAAUGACGCUGAAGAAAAUGUAAACAAGAACCUCAAAAUAACAGUUUUGUAUGGCCGCUCAAGAAGAAACAAACGGACGGUGUCUGAGGGCUUUGACCAGCUCCAAACAGAAUUCCAUGAUGCCUGUCAGGCAGUUGGCCUCAAAAGUGACUUGGGCAUUUUAAUGCACAGUUCUAAGAGCAGCUCAGGUAAUGUUGAAACUGCCUCAACAAAGUUGUCGGAGCAGUUCAGUUUUGUCAGUCCUCUGAAAGAGUCAGCUCCUCUAUCUAGCCGGAACAUCACAUGUAAGAAGCGGGAGGAUUCUGGGCCCUCUCGGAAACCAGGCAGACCUGCAAAAGUGAAAAUCUCUGGAAUCUCUGUUACAGUAACUACAGUGUCUCCACGGCAACGCAAAAUUCAAAUGAACAGGGAGACUCGGGAAUCUCCGCAGGCUCCAAUUCAUAAGCGAGUCCUUCUGCCAGAAUUAAGAGCUUCCAAAGAACUUAGGACAAUCAGCUGUCAGUCAACAACCAGUAGCAGUCAAGCGGAGAAAGGGAUAGAAGCACAGAAUCAAGGUGAAGACAGACAGCCAAGUCAGACAGUAGCAGUGCGUCACUCCGUGAGAGUGAGAAAGCCCUCGAUCCACUUGAUGCAUGCUGUUGCCACCGCCUCCUCUAGGUCAUACAGCCACAGUAACGCUCUGCUGCGACGCUCUAAACAACUUUUGCUAAACAAGGCGAGCAAUGAAAGGAAAAAGGAGGAGCAACAGGGCAGUGUUGAACCUUCAGGGGGAAGAAGACAGCUCUUUGGACAAGACAAUAGGAAGAAGAUGUCUCAGGACCUGAGCAGUGUGGCACGGGUGUCAGUCGACUCGAUCUUUGCCCCACAAGAGACUCUAAGAUGGUGGGCAGCGUCAGCUGAGGAAGACACAAUGAGCCAGGAACUUGCCAGCCGAAUACGACUCAUCUCUGACACCUGGGUCUCAGACACUGUGGAGAACAAAGAAAAAGAAAUUAACCUUAAUUCUAAAUCAGGCACCAAAGGCAACAAUUCAUUUAGCAGGAAGUCAAAACAUUCUUCUGUGGUUCGAACACUGUUUGAUUGUUCUCCUAACACACCAAGUUCCUGCAGUAUGCAACAGCUCUGCUCCUGGUUUAUGCAGACUACAGAGACGCAGUCUCUGUCUAUUGUCAAGAAGGAAAGCCCCCGUAAUCCCUCUGAAUUUAGGCCGUUUCCUCGUUCUGCCAAUAACAAAAUAGUUUGCCCCAGUCCUCAAGCAGAGCGACUCCGCAAACACAUCAAGAAAUUUGCCAAAACUGUGCCAAAAAGCCCUUUACAACAUCAACAGGCUCAAAGAAGGUUGAGGAAGAGGAACAACGCAGCUCUGUCAACACAUAAUAUUAGGCGGCAACUUUUCACUCCCAGAUUUGCAAAAGGCAGGUUUAAUAAAGGAGUCCAGUGGUGGCGAAACAGAGCAUUUAGAAACUACCAGGCCACUGUACUUAAUGCAAGGACAAAGUUCCUAACCCGGAGAGAAAGGGAGAGGUGGCAAAAGAGGCAGAAUAAGAAAAGCAUAAAAGUAGUUACAAGUUGUUCAAAUGGACAUGCAGUAGAUGGACUACAACAAAAAAGAAAAGCAUCAGACAAAGCAGUAAAGGAUCAGUUGUAUGACUGUUUUGGGAACAGCUCUGCCAGCAGUUCUGUUGACCAAACUCAGGAGCCUGUGGAUGCACCCAAAGAGCAGAACCUCUGCUCGAAACCCUGGAGUCCUGAGACACUGAAGGAAUGUCGGGUGUUUCUGAGGAAGAUUAACUCUCCGGACGGUGAAUCAUUGGAGGAAGAGUGGGACUCCUGUACUGUGACACUGGAUGAUGGGUCACCCUCUGCAUACGUAUUUGCAGGAAGGGAGAGAAAAUUAGUAGGAGUUGUUAAAGCUGUGAAAACUGAAAGAAUAAGCAUGAAGAGGAGGACUGCCUCCGGGGAGCCUGAAGGUUCUGUUCAUAAAUCAGUCCAGGAGCAGGAGGAGAUGCCCGGGAGGAGGCAGAACCUCAAAGGUCCAGGGGUUGUGUCUACUGAACCACCACAACCACCACCAGCGAAAAUGUUGAGACAAUCGCGAGUGAGGGGCCUGACCGGGCCACGAUGGUGCGACUUUGUGUUCGAGAACUAAUGAAGCCACAGACCUCCUCCUUCCUGGGAAAGGGACUUUAACAUGGUGCCUUCUGACAUUGAGCUGACCACGAGGACUGACCAUCCCACUAUGGUUCAGUCUUACACUCAGCAGUUAUGUAGCAGUCUAACUUAACAAAAGCUCGAUGUUGCACUAUUUUUAUCCAUGGAUAUGUAUGUACAGAAUGUUUGAUACUGUGUUUUUUUUUUUUUUAUCAUCAACUUGCCUUUGUCUUUCUGAACGUGUUUAUCUCAAAUCGUUUAAAUGGGACUGCAUACAGCUGAUGCGGUCCCUGACCCCCCCCCCCCGAACAACCCUCCUUAUUGAGGCCACUGACGCCGAAUAUGAAUUUGUCGUUUAUUAAGUACCUGAAGUUAUUGUUAUUGUACUACUCUUAGAUAUUCCCCCAAAUUAAUCUUCAUAGUUUUGAAAUUCAAACUUUUUAAUUUAAUUACUUUUUGUACGUUGGGAAAACAUGCAUUGAAACUUGAUGAUAAUUUACUAUCCUUGUUUGAUACCAUCACACUUGUCAUAUUUUAAAGCAGGUGCCAAAAAACAUGCUUUGAAUGAAGGAAUUAUUUUACCCCUUUCACAAUAUGUGUAUGGACCCUACCUAUAAAAUCCUGGGUCAAACUAAUUGGCCAGAAAUCAGCCAAAUAUUUAUACAUACACGUUCAGAACAACUUCAUUUUCAGUCCCACUAAACCAUAAACUCCGAACCCAUGGGUGCACGUGAAGUUAUGAAGACACUGUCAUUAUGCAGUUGUGAAAAGUAGAUUCUGGUUCAGUUGUCGGUCGGUGGGACGUGACUCGUUUGAACUCGUUUGUCAUUAUCUGAUAUAGUCAGAUCUACUUCUUGCACUAUUCCAAUCUGAGAUUAUUAAUCCCGCUACAGACUCCUCCCCCAUGUUUUGCACAUCCCGUGUCCUACUACCAACCCCUACUGUAAAACUAGAGAACCUAUUUGGUGCAAUACAAACCCAGAGGAUUUAUCAGUAUGUAGUAAUUAUUUUAUUGCUGACAGACGAAUGGAUGUAAACAAGAACCAAUGGCCUGGGAUGUUACUUCAGUUGUUUCCAUAGCCAUGUAAUGUGAUUUUAGAGGAUAUUGCUAUACAAGACUAGUUCCCCCCCUCCCCCCUACCCCACCUGCUUAACUCUACUCCAUGAAGCUGAAAAAUAACAGAUCCUUAAUUGUUAUAGUAGCAUUACAUUUCUUUAUCAUACGCAUAAUAGCAUUAAUUACUGUUUAAAUGCAGGUGGGACACGUGUUGCUGUUCCCUAGAGUUCCUUUUGUGUUUUUCUUCAAGCUGGAGCAAGAGACACCUACCUCCACUGGAGCUCCGCCCACCAUCAACCUUGUGAUGGACAAGAGAUUUGAUUGGUUAACACUAAUCUUGGAUCGAUACGCUUGAUCCGAGAUGUCCGGCUGUAGGUCAAACCGUAGUGUGUAUUGUGUGCCUGACUACCCUCGUGUGUGUGCUACUAUGGUUGCCAUUUCAACAGGAUGGAGGUGGUGUGGCCCAGUGUUGUGUUAAGUAAACCUCUGUUGAAGAACCUGGUGCUAAACAAUUGUUGUAUAUUUUCUUUAUGGUGUUUUUUUAUACUGUCCUUUACAGAUGCACUAAGGCGUCUGUCAUUGGAACAAUAAAGAGUCUUUUGAAAUAA